UUUUCGCUAUCUCAGGUCGCUAAACACAACACAGCAGACUCUUGUUGGGUUAUUCACAACAACAAAGUAUAUGAUGUCACAGAGUUUGUCAGUGAUCAUCCUGGAGGUGAUGAUCUGAUCUUGGACUAUGCCGGGAAAGAUAUAACGGCGAUCAUGAAGGAUGUCAUUGAACAUGCUCACUCGGACGCUGCGUAUGAAAUUCUGGAUGAAUACCUGAUUGGAACUCUGGAUGAUCAUCCCGUAACCACUGCCAAGGACUUGGAUCGUGAUUCUCUUCAUCGUCAACGCAUGAAAUUAUUAGAGGAGGAAGAGGAAAGCAAGACUUACGUGAAGGAAGAUUUCAAGCCGCUCGAGACAGACACAAUAACUGAUAUCAAGAAAAACAACUUUUUGGAUCUUCGCAAGGCACUGAUUCCUCAGCUCUACAAGGCCAGAUUUACAAAGGAAUUCUACCUUGAACAGGUUCACAAACCUCGCUAUAUGCCAAACUCUGCCAUUUUCUUUGGGCACCCACUUUUGGAACCAUUAUCAAAGACAGUGUGGUAUGUGGUUCCACUUAUCUGGCUGCCAGUAUGUGCAUACCAUCUCUCCCUCUCCCUUGUAUUUGGCAAUCCACUACUUAGCGUAUUCUCGUUUGGGUUGGGAGUUGGUAUCUGGACAUUGUUGGAGUAUUUGCUGCACCGGUUCUUAUUCCAUUUGGACGACUACCUUCCUGAUCAUCAAAUUGCCUUUUUGCUUCAUUUCACUCUGCAUGGAUUCCACCACUAUUUACCAAUGGAUAGACUUCGUCUCGUUAUGCCACCUACAUUGGCUUGUCUGAUUGCACUUCCUUUGUUCCGUCUCGGCCAUUUUCUGUUCCCUCCCAUGAUGGCAUACGGAGUAAUUGCCGGCGGCCUGUUCGGAUACGUUCUUUAUGACUGCACUCACUAUUAUCUUCAUCAUGCCAAGGUCUACAAGCAUCACUUUAGAGAAAUGAAGAAAUACCACAUGGCUCACCACUACAAGAACUAUGAGGAUGGUUAUGGUAUUACUUCAAAGCUCUGGGAUUAUGCUUUUGGGACUGUGUUGAGUUAU